UCAUCAAAAAGAAACUCACACCUUCAGACCUGGAUCGCUACAAGACAGAGUCCCCUUUUGGCCACCUUCUUGAGUCCCCUCCAUUGCAAUUCUCGGGCCAACUCAUACAUCUGUUGCUCGUGCACCUCACAAGAGAACAGGUAGCUAGAUGAUGAACUACGUUUCAACAUAAGUGGUUCGAUAUUAAAAUGUGAUUUCGGGGAAUGGUGCCGCAUAAUUGGAAUGCCCUCUACCAAGGUUUAUGGAGAGGAUGGUGGUGCUGAGGGUGACGAUUCAGCCUCGGGGAUAAUUCGGAAAAAACUUUUGGGAAAUGAUAAGGGGAAAACAACAUUUGCGCAUGUGUGCAAAUGUUUUCAUGCUCUUGAUGCAAAAAAUGGGGGUGAUGAAGUCCUUCAGUUUGCUAAGCUGUUUUUUGUGGAGUCUGUGUUACUAGCUAGAGACAAGGGGACCGGUGUUGACAUGUCUCACCCUCACCUCCUAGGUAGCGUUGACAAGUUCAACGCUUAUCCAUGGGGGUGGGAGUCAUACCUUCUCACAGUACGCCAUCUGAAGGCAGCUAUGGAGGGGCAACCAGCUCGUUUCUUGUCAAAGCUAGCUGAAAACCCAAAUAUGAAGACAUGUGUGGGCUUAUGAGCAAUUCCCACAACUUAAAGGAGUUUUUGCAGACUUUCAUGAAGAAAUAGUUGGUUGUCCAUUUCUAAAAUGGGGGUCAAAAAAGUUCCCUCCAUAUAACCAACUAAAAGAGCUAAUUCUUGGCAAGCAUGAGGAAGACAUAUCAAAGAAACUGGAGUAUGCGAUACAUCAUCUUGUUUCAGAGGUGGCACAUAUGAGAGAGGUUAUGGAUGCAAAGUUUGGAGAGCUUGAAGUCAAGAUAGAAACGCUUUCUAAGAAAGUAGAUGUGUUGUU